GUGCAAUUGCUGGAACCAGGGGCGGACUGACCAUUUGGAAACUCGGGCACUGCCGAGGGCCCGGGGUCAGUAGGGGGCCCCAUGAGAUGCCCCUGGUAUCUUUUUCAUAGGCUUUUUUGAGUUUGGACAAGGACACAGAGGCCCCAUGAUCCCCUAUUGCCCAGGGGCCCCAUGAGUUGUCAGUCCGCCCCUGACCGGAACCAAUCCCCUGUAUGGUUCUCUCUGGGGCAGCUGAAAAGAGUGCUGACAACAGACAGGCCAUGGGAACCCAUGGGUGAUAUUGCAGCCAGACAUGUACGAUUUGGUUCAUUC